CAGCGAAGAGAAAACAGGCCGUGCAUUUGAGCACCAGCGGCGGCGAUAAUGAAGGAAAUGGGCAGACCGAGGGCGGUGGAGCCUAUCACCAGGGAGUACACAAUCAAUCUACACAAACGCCUCCAUGGAUGUACCUUCAAGAAGAAGGCACCUAAGGCCAUUAAGGAGAUUAGGAGAUUUGCCCAGAAGGUCAUGUGGACUUCAGACGUUCGGGUUGAUGUGAAGCUGAACAAGCACAUUUGGAGCCGUGGGAUUCGAAGCGUGCCCAGGAGGAUUCGUGUUCGUAUUGAAAGAAAGAGGAAUGAUGACGAUGAUGCCAAAGAGGAGAUGUACUCUCUUGUGACAGUUGCCGAGAUUCCUGAAGCAGGGUUGAAGGGGUUGGGCACUCAAGUCAUUGAUGAUGACGAUUGAGUGUUUUUCUUUUUUUCAUUUCUCCUUUUUUUCGAGGUUAUUUUUGUUAUUCAGAUUGUUAUGUGGCUUUUCUAGGUUUUAGAGAGAGAUUGUGUAGAGGAUGCUAUCCUAUUUCAGUUUGUUUCGAAAUGGGUAUAUUCUUGUUUGAGUGCACUUCCGUUUUUGUAGCUUGUGUUUUGGUAUACUUUUGUUAUUAGAUGGAAGCAUUUCUUCAUUGUUUGGUGGAAGCAGUUAUUUAUAGACAUGGAUUACUUGCUGGUUUUGAAUUUGGAAAACAUGUAUAUUGCCUGUGAAAGUUGAAAGUAGUAGGGGAUGAUAUUUUUCAUUGUGGUGAUUUGUGGACCCUUGAUAAUUGUUGAGGGUGAAUGCUAAAUAUUUUAUCGGUCAGGAUGCCUCAUGGUUUCA